AUGGAGCUAACGUUGAAGGGAGGCGAGCCAGCAGAGGAACAUCUGGGGAGCGCUGCACGGGAAGACCCUCAGGGCAUGGGGAAUGCGGAAGUGCCUGAACCUCCAACAGUGACAAGGAAGCGUUCAAGGAUGCUCCGCGAGCUGGAAAGCCGCUUGAAAGACACAGAAGACACAGUUUCCUUCUCCCAAGGCCAAGGACAGGAAGAUCAGACCACAAGUCCCAUCAGCAAGCCGGGCCGGCGGCGCGCGACACCUUCUCAAUGGUGGGGCAAUCAGAUUAGCGCUCCCUGUCCUUACUCCAAAGAGAAGGCCCCUGGCAAGCGGAGGAAGGGUGUGAAAGCUCCAAAGUCGCCCGGUCAGCAGUCAUCAAAUGCAGCGGUGCCGGACGAGCAGCGGUGCAACAGGAGCGAUGGGAAGAAGUGGCGGUGCAGCAAACAGCGCGCAUUCGAUCGCAAGGUGUGUGAGGAUCACCGGCAGUCUCGAAAGAAGCCAAGCGCGCGCAAGGCGGGGACUAAUUCGGGGACAGCGCGGAAAAAAGGACGGGGGCGGUCGGUCACAGAUGCCGGCAGCCUGGGUGGCGAGGAAGGACAAGCUGAUGGGAAAGCUCCUUCGGGGUUUGGAGGAUCCAGGUCUGCAGGAGGAGUACGAGGGGCGCAAACUCAGGGGGGGGCAGAACGGGUUGUAAGAGGCUCGGCUGAGGUUGCGGAAGCAGGGCGGGCAAGGGGGGAUGACGUCAGCAAGGGGCCGAACGGAUCCGCAGGGACGCGCGUAAGGGCUUCGAAGAGGCGCUGGUGGGAGGCGAACGGAUCGGGGGCUACCGGAGAGAAGGGGAAGAGAUUGGAGCAAAGCGAAGGUUCGGACGGCCUUCCACUCCUAAAGGAGGAUGCUUCAGAAGGAGAAAUUGUUGGAGCUAGGGCCAGCGAUAUUGGGGUUGGCGCCAAUGAGACGGUGCCACGUGUCGAUCAGAGCCGUUCAGAGGGCCCUCCUGGGCCCUCCUGA